AUGUCAGAGUUACUAGAUAGUCUUGAGACGGAGUUCUCCAAAUUUUAUAAGGACAGUAGUCUAGAGGAGACGAAUCUUCAAAAAUGUCUUGACCAUACUCAUGAAUUCAAGAACCAAUUAAAGAAGUUGAAAGCGCAUCUAAAUAAGAAUAUUCAAGAAUCAAAACCAGAAGUUUACAAUAGCCUGAAUGAUAAGGAGAAACAAAAGUUCAAAAGAAAAAGGGAACUGAUCAUUGAAAAACUAAACAAAUCACAGAGACAAUGGGAUCAUUCAGUAAAGAAACAAAUAAAGCAUGUUUCUCAACAAUCAACCCGAUUCAAUAAAACCAUGCUGAACAAGUUGAAAGAGUUUGAUAUAGAUAGUGUCUACGUCAACAAAUUGCCUAAAGAAACGAUGCAAAAUGUUGACGAGGCCAUCGGCUACCAUAUACUAAGGUAUGGUAUAGAUAACAUGCCGCUAGAUAAUAAGAAUGAGGCUUCCAAGUAUCUGAAAAAUAUCUACGGAAUCACUAAUAAAGAAUCCACAGAUUUUAUUGAUAUGGGCCGGAUUGUGCAUAAUCUAAAAAAGGGUGAUACACAAAGCUGUUUAAAGUGGUGUUCCAACGAAAUGGACAGCCUAUCAUCCAAUCACGCGACUUUGUCUUAUUUGCAAUUCGAGCUUUAUACAUUAUCAGUGAUGCAGGCAGUGAUGCGUGGGAAUCCUGUAGAGGUAUACUAUCAAAUGACACAGCAAACCCCCUUAGAUUUCUUUAAGCACAGGGAGAAGGAACUGAUACGAAACGUGGUACCGUUGCUAACUAAGUCGCUCAUAGGUCAACCCAUUGAAGACAUUGAUUCUAAGGUAAGUGAACAGUUGAAAGAAUGCAUAUCUUUGUUUGUUAAGGAGUAUUGUGCUGCAAAGCAUAUUUUCUUUGACUCUCCUUUGUUUUUGAUCGUAUUAAGCGGGUUGAUAUCUUUUCAAUUCUUCAUCAAAUAUAAAGCUAUUAGGGAGCUAGCGCAUGUGGAUUGGACCACUAAAGAUGAACUGCCGUUUGAUGUUAAACUGCCAGAUUUCUUGACUCACUUCCAUCCGAUCUUUAUAUGUCCUGUAUUGAAGGAGGAAACUACAACAGAAAAUCCCCCAUAUUCAUUGGCGUGUCAUCAUAUCAUUUCUAAAAAAGCGUUGGAUAGAUUAUCGAAGAACGGAACAAUUACUUUUAAAUGCCCAUACUGCCCGGUGAAUACCUCAAUGAGCAGUACAAAGAAAGUCCGUUUUGUCAUGCUUUGA